GAUCUUGGAUAACAUUAGAGAGACAUAUAAGAGGAGAUUCAGAGCUGUCCAUGUAACUCUACCAAUGGGAGUAGCGAGAGAUGGUGUGACAAGAAGUAGCUGUUCAGCUGUCUGAAAUGAGAGAGGGUUUGUGACAAGAACUAGCUGUCCAAUUAAUUGUCUGUAGAAAUGUGAGAGAGGGUUUUGGUGUGCUGCAAUUAAUGGGAGGAUGAACAAGAUAUGUGGCAAUGGGGCAAGCAAAGCUGCACGCACCCCCACCUGCAAGUCUCACCGGCUUCAGCCGGCCCCUACUCUUUAUAUGUCCACAGUUUCUCCACCACCCAGACCAGCAAAAACCUUGGAAGCUGAUCACAUAGUUCUCCUACAACAAACAUCAACACGGAGGAAGACACACAUACAACAACAACAAUGGCUUCUCAGAAUGGCCAACAAAGACCGCAUCAGGAGGUCGGUCACAAAAGCCUCCUCCAAAGCGACGCCCUCUAUCAAUACAUACUGGACACCAGCGUUCUCCCCCGAGAGCCCGAGUGCAUGAAAGAACUCCGCCAGAUCACCGCCAACCAUCCCAUGAACAUCAUGUCGAUCUCGGUCGACGAAGGGCAGUUCCUGAACAUGCUGCUCAAGCUCACCAGAGCGAAGAAGACGAUGGAGAUCGGCGUCUACACUGGCUACUCCCUCCUCGCCACUGCCCUCGCCCUUCCCGACGACGGCAAGAUUCUGGCCAUGGACACUAACCGAAAGUACUACGAGGUUGGCCUGCCGACGAUACAGAAGGCCGCCGUCGCCCACAAGAUAGACUUCCGCGAAGGCCCCGCCCUCCCCGUCCUCGAUCAGCUGCUGCAAGACGAGACGAAUCACGGGUCGUUCGACUUCGUCUUCGUGGACGCCGACAAGGAGAACUACGUGAACUACCACCGGCGGCUGCUGGAUCUGGUGAAGGUGGGCGGCCUCAUCGCGUACGACAACACGCUGUGGGGCGGCGCGGUGGCGGCCCCGCCGGACGCGCCCCUGCCCGGGUACCUCCGCCACUACCUGGACUUCGUGCUGCAGCUCAACCAGGAGCUCGCCGCCGACCCGCGCAUCGAGAUCUGCCAGCUUCCGGUGGGCGACGGCGUCACCCUCUGCCGGAGGAUCAGAUGAUUACAGAAAUGACAUGUCUGUCCUCCGUUCAUCGCCAAUAAAAUAUAUGCCGCAUGAGGCGACUACGUUUGUCUUAUUUCACGUGCGACCCAAAAUAAUUAUUAUAGCCAACCAAAUAAAGUGAGUGUUAUUUA